AUGACCAUAAAGAGAAAUGAGGUUUUAGCCACACAGCAGUCAGGGGACAUCAGACGGGAGCAGCAAGUGGCAGUGAUAUUCCAGCAGUUAGUUUUCUGUAAACUGGGAUCCAGCAAUGAGGAGUGGGUGAAUGAUGAUGUGGCUGAUUGCCAAAUAUUAUUUUCUGUACAGGACGGCAUGGGCAAUUUAAGAGUUACCAAGAAAGGAAUAAGGCUUGAAGGUGUUUCUGAAUUUCUUCUUCCGUUAUACGUGAAGGAAAUACACUCCAGAAAGGACAGUCCACUGGUAUUACAGUCUGAUAGAAAUGUAACAGUUAAUGCAAGGAACCAGAAUGGGCAUCUGACAGGUCAGAUGGUAGUAGGUGCAAAUGCUGUUGAAGCUCAGUGUAAAAGGUUUGAGGUAAAGUCAAAUGAGGACGGAAAGAUGUUGUUUUCAGCGGAUGAGGAUGAAAUCACAAUUGGUGCUGACAGACUCAGAGUUACAGGAACAGAAGGAGCUGUAUUUGGGCAUUCUGUGGAGACACCGCAUAUAAGAGCAGGACCUUCACAAGACCUCAGACUUGAAUCUCCAACAAGAUCGCUUACCAUGGAGGCACCAAAAGGAGUACAAAUUAGUGCUGUUGCAGGAGAAUUCAAAGCCAGCUGCCGAAAAGAAUUACAGUUACAGUCCACAGAUGGGGAGAUAUUUUUAGAUGCAGAUAAUAUCAGACUAGGAAAUUUACCACAAGGUUCCUUUACAUCAUCAUCAUCAAACUCAGUAGGACCUCGACAAACUGUCUAUGAGCUUUGUGCUUGCCCAAAUGGCAAACUGUACCUUUCUCCAGCAGGAUCUAGUUCCACAUGCCAAUCCAGUAGCAACAUUUGUCUGUGGAGCUGAAGGAACUCCAUAAUUUCUCACACCAGAAUAGCCUUUUGCUACUAUCUCUUUGCUUCACAAUUUUACUCAGAUUCCCAUGUGGUUUGUUGAAUGCUUAAUGGCCUUCAGAGUUUCUUCCAGCAUAGAAGAGGAUAUAAUACUGCCUUGAAGUUUUAUUUCAACAUUGGAAACAAUCCUGCAUUGAGAUGGAUGUGAAAAAUUCAGACAAUUAUACCUGAAUUGCUGAAUGUUAGUCUUAAAGGAUUCAAUGGGUGCCUUGGCUACAUGGAGUGAAGCACAUCGCUGUUGCAGGAAUUUGGAGAAAUGGAACAACACCUCAUUCACGAGUGUACUUGCUGGACAUUUGUUUGGGAAACAAUAAAAUCCUGUUUGGAAAUGAAAAAAAAAAAGUCUAUACUGUUUUAAAGCACAAUUUUCCAUUCAAUAUUUUUGGAUGUAUACUUUUAUCCCACAAAUGAAAUAAAUAUUAAAGGUAUUAUGUGAUAUCACCUUUAUUAAACAAUUAAAUUGGAAA